UCGGACCGCCAAGGCUUGCUGCUGUUGCAGCAGAAGCAACACAAACAGUCCCAGAUCAGCGGUUAAAAGGGGGGAGGGAUGGCUUGAGAUGAAACAAAAAAAGCCAAGAGUAAUCAAUACCUGACUCUCUCGUUGCAAAUUGCUGCAGCGUUUUACAGGUGUAGUGUAUUCUAAAAAAAACGGAUUGACAAAGCGGGGCAACGGAGCCACAUGUCACAUGUGCUUCAUAGGAAGAAACGGGACAUCUGCAAGCUGGAUCCGGAGGAGGAUGCUGCGGCAAGUGAUUCACAGAGGGCUUAAAGCUUCUUUCUACUGGCUGGGUUUAUUUGUUAGCAGGCAUCCGGUUUUUUUCCUCACUGUUCCCGCAGUCUUAACCAUCAUUUUUGGAUCCACCGUUCUGAGCAGAUUCAAGCCCGAAACAGACCUCGAGAUACUGGUUGCCCCGACGCACAGCCUUGCUAAAAUAGAACGGAGUCUAGCGAACAGUCUUUUCCCCAUCGACCAGUCAAAAAACAAGCUGUAUUCAGACCUGCACACUCCCGGCAGAUAUGGCAGGUUGAUCCUGCUGGCAAAAUCCGGGGGAAACAUACUGGAACUGGCCGAGCAGGUUCUGCAGGUCCACAAGAAGGUGCUGGAUUUGCGGGUUAAUUACAAAGGGUUCAAUUACACUUUUGCUCAUCUGUGUGUCAUGAGCUACCGGGAUAAGAGAUGUCUUUUGGAUGAUAUAAUCACAAUUUUCGAAGAUAUCCGCUUAGCUAUUCUUUCUAACAGCACUUUCUCAAAGGUGCCAGUGAGCUAUCCAAAUACAACAUUAAAGGACGGGAGGGUCUCUUUCAUUGGGCACCAGCUGGGAGGGGUGGUGUUCGCCCCCAACAGCCGCGAUCAGCAGGUGAAAUUCGCCAGGGCCGUUCAGAUCACAUACUACCUCCACAACUACGACUCGGUCACCCAGGAUGCCAUUGCCGAGCAGUGGGAGAAUGAGUUCUGCAAACUCAUCCAUCAGCUGGCUGAGGCCAGCGAGGACCUGUACAUUCAGUCGCUUACCUCUUUCAGCCUCUGGAGAGACUUCCACAAGACGGGGAUGCUAGCCAGGAGCGAGGUGCUGGUCAGCCUGGUCCUCGUCCUGCUGGCAGCCACCGUCUCCAGCUCCAUGAGAGACUGCCUGCGGGGGAAGCCUUUCCUCGGCCUGCUGGGGGUUCUCACCAUCUGCAUCGCCAUGGUGACUGCAGCAGGGAUUUUUUUCAUUUCCGAUGGAAAGUUUAACUCGACGCUACUCGGAAUCCCCUUCUUUGCGAUGGGGCAUGGAACAAAAGGAGUCUUUGAGCUUCUUGCUGGGUGGAGAAGGACUCGAGAAAACCUGCCGUUCAAGGAGAGGGUGGCUGACGCCUUCGCUGACGUGAUGGUGUGCUACACCAUGACCAGCUCCCUUUACAUCAUCACGUUCGGGAUGGGCGCCAGUCCGUUCACCAACAUUGAGUCCGUCAAGAUCUUCUGCCAGAGCAUGUGCGUGGCCAUCCUGGUCAACUACUUCUAUGUCUUCUCCUUCUACGGCUCCUGCCUGGUGUUCGCCGGCCAGCUGGAGCAGAACAGGUAUCACAGCGUCUUCUGCUGCAAGAUACCGUCGGUGGAGUACCUGGACAGGCAGCCCACGUGGUUCAAGACGAUGAUGAGCGACGGGCACGACCUCUCCACCCACCACGACAGCAUCCCCUACCAGAAUCACUUCAUCCAGCAUUUCCUGCGGGAGCACUAUACCGAGUGGAUUACCAACACUUACGUCAAACCCUUUGUCGUCAUACUCUACCUGAUUUACGCAUCGUUUUCGUUCAUGGGAUGUUUACAAAUCAGUGACGGAUCGAAUAUAGUCAACCUUUUAGCCAGCAACUCUCCCAGCGUCUCCUAUGCUCUCACCCAGCAAAAAUACUUCAGCAACUACAGUCCUGUGAUUGGGUUCUACAUCUACGAGCCGAUAGAGUACUGGAAUUCCACUGUUCAGGAACACCUGAAGACACUGGGCCACGGAUUCAAUAAGAUUUCAUGGAUUGACAACUACUUUCAGUAUCUGAGGGUGGUGAAUGUCAGUGCAUCGACCAAAAGCGAAUUCAUAUCUAUCCUCCAGACUUCGUUCUUGAGGAGCCCAGAGUACCAGCACUUCAAGGACGACAUAAUUUUUUACAAAAUGAGGGACGAAACAGAGAUCAUCGCGUCCAGGAUGUACCUGGUGGCCAGAACCACGGAAAAAACACGGGAGGAGGUAGUGGAGUUACUGGAGAGACUGAGACCUCUGUCUCUUAUCAACAGCAUAAAGUUCAUUGUCUUCAACCCCACCUUUGUGUUCAUGGAUCGAUACAGCUCCUCCGUCAUUUCUCCCAUCCUGACCUCUGGAUUCAGCGUCCUGAUCGUUCUGAUCCUGACGUUUUUUCUGGUCAUCAACCCCCUGGGAAACUUCUGGUUGAUUCUGACAGUCACCUCAGUGGAGCUGGGCGUUCUUGGUCUCAUGACACUAUGGAAUGUUGACAUGGAUAGCAUAUCUAUUCUGUGCCUUAUUUAUACGCUGAAUUUUGCGAUGGAUCACUGUGCCCCUCACCUUUAUACCUUUGUACUCGCUACCGAGCACACCAGGACUCAGUGCAUUAAGAUUUCACUGGAGGAGCAUGGAGCAGCCAUUUUACAAAAUGCAUCUUGUUUUGUAAUCGGGAUGAUGCCCUUGGUGUUUGUGCCUUCCAACUUGACCUAUACGCUGUUUAAGUGCUCCCUCCUCACCGCUGGCUGCACAGUUCUACACUGCUUUGUCAUUUUACCUGUAUUUUUAACAUUUUUUCCUCCUUCCAAAAAGAGACACAAGAAAAAGAAACGGGCAAAAAGAAAAGAAAGGGAGAGGGAGAGGGAAAGAGAAAAGGAACGAGAGAGAGAAAGGGAGCGGGAGGAGAUCGAGUGCAUAGAGGUCAGGGAUAACCCUGACCAUGUGACCAAUGUCUGAAUAGCUGUAGGCUGCAUAUGAAGGGAAAAUGCCGGGAGCAUCUCCUGUAAAAAAAGGCAGCAACAACAAGCAGCACUUCACAGGUCAGGAAGUGACAGAGCUCACCAGCCCACAGAGAAAGGAUAGGAACUCAAGACA